AUGAACGCUUUCAAUAUCACUUCGACUGACCAACAGCUAGCUAGUGUCUUUCAAUCGUUAACGUUAAUACGCGUGUAAAAGACAAAGCAAAUGAUGGAAAUCAAGGAAAUUUUUAGCUUUGUAUCAAUUUUGUGCAUUGUGACACAGAUUUCCGCAGAUGAGACGACUAGCCAGUGUCCAAAUAUCAUCAGUAGAAAUCAAUGGGGAGCGAGGCAAGCGGUGAGCGUUAAUUAUCUUAUAGUACCAAUACCGUACGUGGUCAUCCACCAUACAGCAGGUAGAAGUUGUACCCAGUUCAGUGAAUGCGCUCAGGCUGUUGCUGAUAUUCAAGCUCAACACAUGUCCGGGAAUGGUUGGCAUGACAUAGGAUAUACGUUUCUGAUAGGAGGAGAUGGUAAUGUUUACGAGGGUAGUGGCUGGACGCGUGAAGGAGCCCAUACGCUCGGUUACAACAAAAAAUCUGUUGGGAUUGCGUUUAUGGGUUCUUAUCAAGAUAAUAACGCGAGUCAAAGUAUGAUGGAUGCAGCUCAUAAGUUAAUUGCUUGUGGAAAAGAAAAAGGAGUUCUAAGAUCAAGCGUUCGUGUAAUCGGCGCGCGACAAGCCGGCGCAACAAUAAGUCCGGGUUUGGCAUUGUAUAAUCAAAUUCAAUCCUGGCCCGAAUGGGUCUCUGUACCUUAAAAAUUUUUCCAACGAGUGAGUGGAAUCGAAAUAUUUUUCAGCGGUCGAGUGACCGACAAUAUUUCUUCAUCGUAAUUCUGUGUUAUGAUGUAUGUACGUGAUAUUGUAACAAGGAUGAAAUAAAUGCAAAAUAAUCAAAGAA